AUGGUUGAAGAUAGCAGGAAAGAGAAGAACAAGUUGGAGGCCAACUAUGACAAGCUAGUCCAAGAUGUGCAUGAGCUUAUGAGCUUCCAGGAGGAGAGGGUGGUGGAUUUCAGACAUCUGCAGUCUGCCAUUACAUAUCAGCAUGAAUGCAGAAGUGAACUGGUGGCUGAUAUGAAGGCACAGAUGGCAAAGAGAGAUGCAGAGUCUGAGAAGCUUAAGCAGAAUUAUGAAGUGCUACUAAACCUGACAAGAGCUCAAGCUACAGUCAUCCAGAACCUGAAGUUGAAGCAUAUUACAGACAAGCAAUUGCUUAGUGAAGCUAAGAUGAACUUGGAGUUGAAGAAUGCAGAGCUCACAAAGUCUGAGGAGAAGCUCACCCAAGAUAAGCUAGAGUUGAAGUUUCAGGUUUCAGAUUUGCUUAAGGGAAAGGAAAAGCAUGGUGAAGAGAUGGUGGAGCUAGAGCUUCAGUUUGCUGAGCUGAUGAAGGCAGAGGAGAAGCUGAAGGAGAAUAUCAAGGGGAUCCAGGCCAUCUUAGAGAAGUGA